AUGGGUACAUCAUGUUCUUGCAAAUCUAUGUUCUCUGUAUGCACAGCUGAAGUCACUAGGCAUCAUACACUCUCUCCAAAAUCAGAAAAAAAAACUGAAAAAGAUAAUUCCUUUAUUCAAAUUUCAGAAAAUACAGAUAAGCAUUUCAUUCUAUAAUAAUAUCCCGAGAGGUUUAUCAUCGUUUAUCCUUCUGAUGAUGAAAAUUAUGAAGUUCUAAAAUAAGAGCUGAUGGAAAUUAAUGAAAAUUGCUCAAUAGUUAUAUAAGAAUAUAAGGAUUAUACAUAAAAUUCAAUUAAUUACUAAGAGUUAUCAAGUUAAAGGCCAUGCUCAUUCAAUGACUUUAAGUUAUGA